AUGCUAAUUUCCGGACCGCUGCUGCUUUUAUACGAACCUCCAGAACUAAAUUUUGUUGCCUUUUGGGUUCCAGCUGUUCUUGCGCUUGUUAAGCGGCUCGUCACUACAGUUGCUUGCGAUGGGGUUGCUUGUGAUGGGGUUACUCGCGACGGAGAUGCUCUUGAUGGAGAUGCUCGCGAUGGAGAUGUUCGCGAUGAAGAUGCUCGUGAUGGAGAUGCUCGCGAUUGGGUUGUUCGCGACGAGGUUGCCCACGAUGGGGUUACACGUGACAGGGUUGCACGCGAUAUGGCUGCUUGCGACGGGGUGGUUAUCGAUGCUUGUACAGGGAAGUCUGCUUCUGGUGUAGGCCAAAUGGGUCCAAAGCCGGAGUGA